AUGAUCCGAUCCGUUGAGGGCCAUCCCAUUUACGGACUAAGCGACAAAGCCCGUCCUCUGGAGUCAAAAAGAAGUCGAGGUUCCGAAAGAAACAAAUCAAUCAUGACACGCAGCCACAACAGGGAAGCAGUCAGGAAUGCAGCAGGAGUGGAAAGGGAUAAGAUGAGAUUAGGGAAAGGAGCCGUUAGGCCACUCGAUGAAAGGAAGAAUAGCAGCUGCCAAAGCAAAGCAAAAGGCCAGGCAUUGGACUAG